AUAGAGAAGAUUACGAUUACAGAGUAAAACCCUAAUAUUUGGACGAUGAGCAAUGUCGGUGAGAAAUUGGUUGGGGAGAAGAAAGAAGCAGCAGCGCAGCAGCCGCAACAGUAUCUGACGAUGAAUGCGAAGCUCUACUCUCUGGAGAGGUUCCAAGCAGAUUUUGUUGAUGUCUCGGUAAAGGAGGUAGAUUUGCUCAACGAGUUGGAGGUAUCCAAAGUAUAUCACUGCGAUGGGUUGGUGUUAUGCGUGGCUAAGGACAAGAAGGAGGAACCGAAGCUGGUGUUGUGGAACCCUUAUCUGUGUCAAACAAGGUGGAUCGAACCGAGAGAAGAGUUCAACAAAAAUAACAGGUUCGCGAUCGGAUACGACGACGGCGGCUCAGGCUCAGGCUCAGACUCGCAGCGCAACCACAAAAUCAUGAGUUUAGCGGAUACCUUUGGACCAGAACGCAAACACGAGCUUGUGUGCGAAAUCUAUGAAAUUAGGUCUAAUUCAUGGAGGGUUCUCGAUGUGGUGAAGGAUAAGUGGUCGAUAGAUAUGGAUCAGCGAGGCGUGUCUGUCAAGGGAAACACCUACUUUUUUGCUCAUCAUCUUGCAGAAAGAGUUUUUAGAGGACUCGUGUUAAAACAGGAGGAAAUUUUCUUAAUCUGUUUUGAUUUUGCCAAAGAGAGGUUUGGACCACGCCUCCCUUUUCCUUUUGACUCUUUCGAUGGUUUCAAUGGUGACCUUGUGACCCUCUCAAGCUUCGUUAGCGGUGGUGGUGAUGAGCAGCUUGCGGUCCUCUUUGGUGGUUAUGAAUCUGGCUUUUUUGAGAUUUGGGUUACCCUUACUGUCGACCCCAACGGUGCGUCCUGGAGCAAGUUUUUGCGAAUGGACCCGGGCCCCUUCUGUAGCUACGGUUUUCAGCUCUAUCCAUCUUCUGGUGGGAGCUUCCUUGUUGAUGAGGACAACAAACUUGCUGUCUUGUUUGAACUAGACCAAACCCAGACCACUCACAAGGCUUUUGUGUUUGGACAAGACGGCUCCUUCAAAUCCUCCGUCAUCCUCGGACAAGCUCUCUUACUCGAAAACCGUUCUUAUAACAAACUCUACAAAGCUGCUCGUCCCCCACUUGUUUCCUCUUCCCCUUAUCGUCCAAGCUCAGUCCAACUCAACCAAACGAAUGUUUAAGACUUGAGGAAACGCGUGUGCUCAGAGAUCAAGUGUUAAGUUAAUCUGACCAAGUUUGAGAUGUGGAAACUCUUUACUUUUGUUUUAUCUUAGGUUGUGAUCCGUCUAUGUAAUCUCUUUUUAUCUUUUUUUUUGUCUCAAGACUGUUUUAUUCAUCUCUUCGUUUGUCAGACUUGUUUCUAAGACACUAUUAUUAUUUUAUAUGCUUAUGUUUAAGCUCUUGUGUUUUUGACA